UCGCAGGCCUGCCGUAGCAGAACGUUGUUCUCAAGAAAAAAUAAUGCCAAAUCUUGGGACAAUAGUCAAGGUUAUUAUGGCGUGUUUCAUGUUUGUUUCCUCUGCCCUUCCUUGUUGAGGUGGUGCUGCCCAUGGCAGUGCCCGGAGCCCUUGGCCUGAUGUCUGCCACUGUUUUUGCUGCAAGCGAGGCCAAAGAAAAUAACACCACUCUAAUGACUAAUGAGCUUUCACUCUAUGACACACCUGAGUCCCAGCUGAGGUACGAGGAGCCCGAGGUCGGUACUGUUGAACAGGGUGUAGCAUCUCUGAGGAAGACAGUGGAACCUUAUGUUUCAUGGUGUGAGGAAAAUACACAUUUUGCCGUGGAGAAAGUACAGUCUUACUACAAGACAGUUGAGCCUGGUGUGAAUACCACCCAUAGUAUUGUAAAAGAUAUGUAUGCGUUUUUGAAUGACCCUCCAUCUGAGUUCUAUGCCAGUGUGGGUGUUAUAGGAUUCUCUGGAAUUCUGGGACUUUAUUUAGCAAAAGGCAGCAGAGUCAGGAUGCUGAUGUUCCCCACUGGGCUGAUGGCUCUGAGCGCCUCCAUGUUCUACCCACAGCAUGCCGCUUCUGUUGCCAGGACCACAAAACACUGCAUAUUUUCCUGGGGUUCAGAAGGGCGAGUUGUUUUGGAGGAGAUGCUGAGAGGGAAAUCAUCAUCCAAGGACAAAGUUGAGAAGACACAGAAAACAGCCAGCCAAAAAUCAAGUUGAGACAGCAGUAAGUUUUAUUAGGAGUUCCUGCUUUGCACCUGGAUUCUGUUCUCUUAUCAGUGCACUGAUCAGUUUUGGUAUUUGCUAUAUUAUUGUGUUGGUCGUGUUUACUGGGACUGUAUAUUUGUGUUUUCUGUGCAAUGUAUAAAUGUACUUUUGCACAUAAAUGUACACUGCAGCAGUAAGCAGUUGGACCAACCUGAAAAAGAGAGCUACAUACCUGACUUGCACUGAAAAUUCCAGACAUUUUUCAACAACUCAGUGAUUUUUAGGUCUUACUGAUGGUUCCAAUUGUAUUUCCAGAAUUUUCUAUACCAGUGUUGUUGCAUUCUCUAGAACUUUCCUGUGCCACUAUACAAAGAUCAAACUUAAAACUUGCAUAAGUUUUUAUAAUCUUCACACACUUAUGAUUUCACAAACCUCAUUAAUAAGAGUCUGUCCCAUGUAUCAUGAACCUAGUCUGGACAUAAACAAAGGGAUAUUCUGCAAAGUACAGUAUUCUCCAGGAAAGUUAUGCAGUGCAUUCUGUGUUCAUUCACUAUACAGUGCAGAUAGUCUGUGUUUUUAUCCUUUUAUCACUAUGACUUUGACCACUAUGACUGGGAGGAAAGCCUGAAGGUGUUAACUUAUGCAUAUAAUAAGGGCCGUAGCUAGGGAAUUCUGGGCCCCCUGAAAAAAUAUUGAUGCGGGCCCCCUAACAGGUGAGGUAAACGUUCAGGAAUGUGAAAGAAUGCAGUCACAUGUAAAAUAAAACCACUUAAAAUGAUAAUUUUCUUCA